AAUGUUAACAGAUUGCAAUUUUUAUAGUAAACAAAGUAUUACAGAAUUAUAAGCUUAAUUGGCUCAUAAGAAAAAGAAGAUUCACAUUUUAAAAUAAGAAAAGAAUUCUAUGUUGAAUCGUAUAGAUGAAUUAAAUUAAAAAGUUCAUGAUUAAGCAGAAGAAUUCAAAAAGUAUAAAUUGAAAUUUAGAGGUCUAGAAAAAUAACAUUCUCAUGUAAUAAAUAAUAUUCAAAAUAAUAGUUAAAAAAUUAGAAUGAAAACUUAAAGAAAGACUAAAGCAUAAAUAAUGAAACUAUAACAUUGUUUUAAAAAGGUUUCAAAAGAGAUGAAUUCAAAAAGCAUGAAAGAACAGUAGCUUAAUUGCAGAAUGAUAUUAUAAAAUUAUCCAAUACUUUGGAAGAACAUAAAAUAGUUAGAGAAUCUAAUUGUGAAGAAAUUACAAGAUAAUUAGUUUAUAUCUAAGAAUUAGAAAAUCAAUUAAAUAAAUAUAAAUCAAUGACUGAAGAUGAUUAAUUAAAAUAUAAUAAUUAACAACUAUAUUAAACUAUUGAAGAUCUUAAUUACUAAUUAUAGUCAUCAAUUAAAUAGAAAGAUGAAGAUUAUUAAAAUUAAUUACUAGAAUUAUAAUAAAUAGCUGAUAUUGUAAAAUUAGAAAAUAAAGAACUUAAAUUAAAAUUAGCACAGUCAGAAAAGUUGUAUCAUAUGUAAAUUUAAAAAAUAUCUAAACUGUGUGAAUCUGUUUAUGAUGAAUUGUCUAAUAAAAUAUCUAACAAAAUAGAAGUUAAAGAUAUCUUAUCAAAAUUAGUUAUAUCAAAAAAAGACCUUGAUUUAGAUUUACUUAAGUAUUACUUUUAAUUUAAAUUAUAGAAUUUAAUCUGAAAUAAAUAGCUAGACUUGUGAAGAAUUAUAAACUAAAGUUGAGAAUUUAUCAAAUGAAAAUUAAAAUAUUAAAUAAAAAUUUUAAGCAACUUCAACAAACAAACAAGCUCUAUAAAUGAGAGAAUAAGAUUUAGUUCAUCAAAUUGAGAAAUUACAAUAAUAAGUUGAAAGAUAAAAAGAAUUAAACUAAAUGAGAUAAAAGACAAUGUUAGAAUAAAUAUAGGCUUUACAGAGAACUAACAAACAAUUAAAUUAAGAUAUAGAUAAAAUAACCAAAGAAGUUUAAGACUUAAGGGAAGAAAAGCUUAUUUUAUAAUAAACAAUACAGAGAUAAGAGAAAAAAAUACAAACACUAAGUUUAUCUAAAUAUAAAUGA